AAGGGGAAUAUAUAAUAAUUUACCUACGAUAACGCGUAUUGUAUUGAUUCAUAACAACCAUUCAGACUUGAUAAUAAACGAAAAUGGUUGCCUUUUCUCGCUUUGUUGCCGGCCUCUCAGCCGUCACGGCCUCACUCGCGGCUCCUGCGGAUGUUGCCGAUAGGAACGUUGAGGCACGAGGCCCGCAUAACUUCUUCCUUGGGCCUGAUCAUCCUCUUGCUCGUCGCUCAGCUAUCAAUUACAACCAGGACUAUACCACCGGUGGGACAGUGAACUUCUCACCGUCAACCACUGGUUUCAACCUUAAUUGGAACACUCAGGAAGAUUUUGUUGUUGGUGUAGGCUGGAACCCUGGUAGCAACCUUCCUAUCAAUUACUCAGGCACAUUCAAUGUCUCUAGCGGUCUUGGCAGCCUUUCCGUCUACGGAUGGACUACAAACCCCCUUGUCGAGUACUACGUCAUGGAGACUAACGUUGGAAUCUCUACGGGUGGCUCGCAAAAGGGUACGCUCACCAGUGACGGAGGCACCUAUGCUAUCUGGGAGAACCAGCGCGUCAAUGAGCCUUCCAUUGUGGGCACAGCAACCUUCAACCAGUACAUUUCUAUCCGAAGCUCACCACGGAGCAGCGGCACUGUCACUAUUCAGAACCACUUCGACGCGUGGGCUAAGGCUGGUUUGAAUCUCGGUACCAUGAACUUCCAAGUAAUCGCCGUCGAGAGCUGGAGCGGCAGCGGAUCCGCGUCGCAGCAAGUCUCCAAUGGUGGAAAUGGAAACACUGGAACCCCAACCUCAUCGGCACCUUCUUCCGGUCCCACAGGCAGCUGCUCUGCUCUGUAUGGUCAGUGCGGUGGCAUUGGCUGGAAUGGCCCUACAUGCUGCUCAUCGGGAACUUGCAAGGUGGGAAAUUCAUACUACUCUCAGUGCCUAUAAAUUAUACCUUCAAAAGGUGAUCACUAUCAAGGGUAGGAGUUGAUCGGUGGGUGGAGGUGACUAAAUUGAGAGGGGCAUCAGAAUUCUUGAAAUAAACCGUCUUCGCGCAAG